UCCAAAGAUUGAUUUGCAACUGAUUUGCGGUUGUCUUUGGCCACCUCAUCAUGUGAGGCUGGUUGCUGUCCAAGACCAGACAGCUGACCCAGGAAGAAGCUGAUGGCGCGACGUUGGGACACGUGGAGAGAGGGUAAGGCGUGGGCCGGUCGGAGGAUGAGGUGCCCUCCGGCCCGGCUUUGCUUGUCGCAGUGGGUGGCAGUGUUGCCCGGGUUUUAUGUGGCCAGCACAGCCUGAGAGGGCCGAGUGAGGCGGCUCCCAUGCUGUUUCUCCUCUGGUGGCCCAUGUAGAACCAGAAGAGGGGAUUGAGGAGUGGAUGCAAGGUGGAGGAUUCCCUUCAUGUGGAGAACUUCUUUCCCAGAGAUCAAGGACUCUCCUUCUUGACCUCAUUCGUUCGACCAUCCUCUAAAAUCUUCUUCGUCCGAGAGUAAGAGAGAGGGAAGGAGAGAUGGCUGAGACUAUUGUUGUUCAUGUGGUGUCUCAGCUUGCCAACCUUCUCCUCCAAGAAGCUGCUUUCUUGCGUGGGGUGAGGGAUCAAGUCGAAUAGAUCAGAACAGAACUGCAACGAAUGAAAGGCUUCCUCAAAGAUGCCGGGGAGACGAAAGAGUGGAGAAUUGGAUACGUGAGAUAAGAGAUGUGGCAUAUGAGGUGGAAGACAUCAUAGACAGGGUCAGGUUCACGGCUGAGAGGCAGCGUCAAAGGAGAGGCUUCAUGGGCACCAUUUCCAGGGUGAAGGAUCAAGUCGAAUGGGUCAGAACAGAACUGCAACGAAUGAAGGGCUUCCUCAAAGAUGCCAAGUCCAGGAGGAAGGGAGACGAAAGACUGGAGAAUUGGAUACGUGAGAUAAGAGAUGUGGCAUAUGAAGUGGAAGACAUCAUAGACAGGGUCAGGUUCACGGCUGAGAGGCAGCGUCAGAGGAGAGGCUUCAUGGGCACCAUUUCCAGGAUAGCCAUUUUAAUUGGCAUUAGUUGAAGUGAUGAUCCAGUCAAUAAGGUUCUCUGGCUCUCUUUAAUAUGUGCACAGAAGCAUUUCUAGCUAUUUCUUAUGGAACCAUGGAACCGUUGAUUGUAUGAGUUCUCAAUUUUCAUUUUCACAUCAUAUGUUUCUCUAGAUUUGAUGGAGUUGUUAAUUUUCCAUAAUGUAUUAAUAAUGCUUUGGCACAAGAACUUCGAUCUGAACUUGCAAAUAUUUGGUAAUAUAUGUUAUAUUCUGAUGCAAUA